AUGGCAACUUGUCAGCAAGAUUCGCCUAUGCAGCGAAGUGUCUGCGUACCAGGAGAGGGGCGUGUCAAGUUGCGAUCCUCUUGCGACGCUUGCUCAGCCGCAAAGGUGAAAUGUGAUAGCCAGGUCCCCUGUGAACGUUGCCGAGACAAUGCCGUCCAUUGCUUCUACAGUCCUUCUAGACGCCACGGGAAGCAGCCUUGGGCAAAACGAGUUGCGAGUCAACACCAAAGAUUACAAUCGACAAUGCAUGUCCACCCUUCGCAAGCGCCAUCCAUGGGCUCCUUUCUAGCUUUCCAACCCAACCCGGGAGGUGGCACAUUUACAAUGCCAUCGGUGUUACCACCUGGUGUACCGACAAGUCAAAUGAACAGCACCCCGUUCGUAAACGGUCCAGCUGAUGGUACAUCGGCGGAUCACUCUUUCAACGUCACCAACAAUCUCCAGUUCCAGGACCCGUGGCUAGGAGUGUCUGCCAGCGCUGCGCCAGCACAUUCUUCGAGCCCGGCAAGUACUUCCACGCUAACCAUGUCAGAAGCAAGUAUGUCACCACUGCUUGAGCCGGCUUUCCAACCCCCGGUGCAUGACUGCGAAGCUAAAGCUCUUGCCAUGCUCCAUUCUUUGCAUAUGAAGUCCGCGGAGCAUCCAACAUCCGGGACUCACUCUUCGCAGCAGUUGCCUCCGCUUGACAAGAUCUUGCAUACCAAUCGGAUGGCCGUUAGCACGUUGGGAGAUCUAUUGCAAUGUCACUGUGCCCAACAACCGCAUCUUGCACUUUUGUACAUGGCCACUAUCUCAAAAGCCCUUUUCUGGUACCGACUGGCGAUCAACUUGUCUUUCAAAUCCUCCACUCAACUCCACGGAGUCCGACAUGAGCCGUUGUCACCGCAGUCACAUACUGGACCAUUCUCUAUGUCUCCAGGACCCAACACGACCACUUCCGCCACCAACACCAUGUCGAACCAAAUCAAGGAAAUCCCGAGAGGGAGAGCGCGCUCGAACACUAUCCAGAUCGGCUCGUUCGACUUAGAGGAAGAAGACGAGGCAAUAUUAGUGCGCAGUGUAGUUGUGACGGAAGUCAAAAAAGUAGCUCGUCUGGUAGAUUUCAUGAGAAGCGGUGGUAUACAGACGAACAUCACCAAAGAGCACGGCGAAGAUAGCUUGAGCGUAGGCUCCUGGUACAGGGCCGGUGGUGAAAAGCUGGACAGGGAGGUACAAGACACAUUGCAAGAGGCUAGAGGAUCCGGUAGAAUUGCGACUAAUUUCGACCCAUAUGCGGGAGGCAGUGAACAGAUGUGGUCGGCUUGAAUUCAAUUGAAGGAUCCAUAGCCAAGUCGGGCAUUUGUUGACACUCUUGCAGGUGCAUAGAGGCGAGGCAGCUUAUCCCGAGAUGUCUUUUAUCCGCCU